AUGUUCAACAAACUCACCACCGCCGUCGCGCUCCUUGAGAGCUCGUCGGUUCUCGUCUCUGCCUUCCCUCAUAUCGCUCAGCAAGUUGCGGAGCAGAAGCGCCAGAGCAUCCCAACGGUCCCGUUCCCAGAGUUCCCAGGUUCUCCACUCCACGCCUUGUACAACAAGUUCGACCCUGAGAGCCAGCUUGUGUCGACCUCUGGCGAGCACGAGUGGCGCGCACCUGGCCCUGGUGAUAUCCGUGGUCCAUGCGCAGGACUCAACGCCGCUGCCAACCAUGGCUACCUUCCACGUGAUGGAAUUGCCGACUCCCAGUCUAUCAACACUGGACUGUGGGAGGCGUUCGGUCUCGACCACACCGCAACCAUCUUCCUCCAGACUGCCACCAUGUUCUUCGAUGGUGACCCGUUGAGCGGACGAUGGAGUAUUGGAUACCACUCCGACAAGACCAACUCCCUGGGCCUCAUCGGUGAUAUCCUCGGCAACCAGACCGGUAUCUGCGCAUAUGGUCACCUGAAGACUGAAGGAGAUGCCUCCAUCACCCGUGGUGAUUGGCUCGCACCAACGCAGAACAGCAACUGCGCAUCAUACCCAGAGUUCGCCCAGGAGCUGCUCGACCUUGCAAAGGCCCGCACCGGUGGUAACCUCACCCCUCAGGUUCUUGCUGAGCACCAGUACAACCGCAAGCAGCACUCCAUCGCCACCAACCCCAACUAUUUCUCUCCAGCCUACGCAGGUGUCGCCUUCACCUUCGGUGCACACAUGUUCGCCUAUGAGCUGCUUGCCAACCACUCUGCUGAAGAGCCACGUGGUUUCCUCACCCCAGAGGUGUUUGAGUCUUUCUUCUCAUACACCCGCGAUGCCAACAACCAGCUCGUCUUCACGUACGGCCAUGAAAGGAUCCCAGAUAACUGGUACCGCCGUGCCAACGAUGAUGCGUGGACACUCGCCGACAUUGGUAUCUCCACUGCUCAGCAAUGUGCAUCCUACCCAUCCAACUGCCAAGUCGGUGGCAACACUGGUGAGGUCAACUCCUUCAGCGGUGUCGACGCUGGUGACAUCUCCGGUGGCCUUCUGAACAGCUUCGAGGACUUGAGCGACCCAGACCGUGCCAUGUGCUUCAUUGCUCAGGCUAUUCAGGCCGAUGUGCCCAGCUUCUUGGACAACGUCUUCACCGGCGUUGCCCUGCAGAAGGUCCUGGCCAUGAUCCCAACCACUCUUAUUCCAGCUAUCUCGCCAUUCAUGUUGACUUGCCCCAACCUGCCGGCAGGCAAGAGUGUGUUGUCAUACGGGCAGGCAUAUCCAGGCAUGCUGGCCAAGCAGCAGGGACAGAGGAAUCCAUACAAGAACUAG